UUAUAUGUAUGAUGUAAGCUGCUUUGCAUACGAGGACAAGUUUGUUUAAUGCAUAUUUUCGAACUUAUUUCGUCUACUCAGCUUAGUUAUGUCGAACUAUGGAAAACGGCCAGCUGGGACAGAUGGCAGUGAUCACUGGCAUAGAGAAAGCGUCGCAUGGCAGUACAAAAUCAGUUCUAUAAACAAGAGUCGAUUGAAGUCCUCGCUGAUACUACAAAUUUUAUUGGGACUUGUUGUCAUAGUACGCCUUCUGCCUGGUCUAACUGCUUUAAUAGGAUUGCCAAUUUACCGCCGACUUCAACAUUGGGAUUUUCCAGCUCCAAAAGCCUGGGAAUAUGCUUGGAUUGUCAGCCUAUUAGCAGCACUGCUGGGUUUGAAAUCCUUGCCUAGAAAUGACUCACUUGUCUUGAAGCAGUUCCUGAUAGGGACAGUCGUUUUUGGUAUUUUGCCAGUGCUGUAUGGAAUGAUUGAACUUUUUGAUGAGUUAGUUCUCUUUUAUAAUGAAAGGAAAUAUAAUGCUCAAAUUGUAGGAUAUCCAGCUGUUCUUGUGUGGUAUUUUGGACUUGUAGUCUGUUUACAAAUUCACGUCUUCUCCAUGUACUUUGGGGUGAAUUUAUUGAAAGCAUGGAAGCCAAGGGACAAGAAAACAAAGUGACAUUAGAGAAUUAAUAUUUAACAUUUACCAAAUUGUGCCGGUUGAAGCAUUUAUGCUGAAAGAGAAAGAAGUUAAGAAAGAUACCUAUUCAGAAAACCAUAUCAAGCCUUUGACCUCAGCCUUAUUUGGUUUAGUUUCCAUUCCAUAUGCUUGACUGCUGUUUAGUAAGCCUAGCUCAUUCAGUUUUAAUGUUUUAGAGGUGGAAAGGAAGUUGAAUAUUAUGUAAUAUAUUUGUAUAGAGUGCCAUAGAAAGAGCUACAUAUCAAAAUUGAAUAAAAUCAGAGAAAUAAAUAAGUAUCGAUUUAGUGAGUAGGAAAAGAGUGUUUUUAAAAUUCUGAAGUAAAGCAGGUUUCACUGAGAUACCACUUACAAGAAGGAGCUCUUCAAAUAAAUGACACCGACAGUAUCACAUCAUAUGCUGAUGAAAAAAGUAUUGAAGACAAAUUUUAUCAUUGAGAAAACAUUUUGAAGUUGUUAUACUUCUAUUUGUGCAAUAUACCAAUAAUAUUUAUCAUGUUAUGAAAAAAUCAGAUGUUUGAAUUGUUUACCAUUAGAAAUUUAUAUAAAAGGAAGAUGGGUACAUUUAAUUUUUAUGUACAUGUCUACCAGAAGUAGAGUAAUUUUAAUAAUUGAAUUGACUAGUAUUUAAGCAUAUGCUUUGUAUUUUCCCCAGACAGUUGUUUGACCUUAAUCAUAGUUUUAUGUUGAUAUUGAAAAUAAAAAAUGUGGAGCUGGUAAAAAGUGAUUUACAAUGUAGAAAUACAUUUUGGAAAGAAUUUAGAUAUAGAAUUUUACAAGAACAAAUUAAUGCUUUUCCACCAAGAAAGUAAAAGUGAAAACUUAAUUUCUUAUUUACAAUGUUGUUAAAAAGAUGUCAAGUUGUGGCCUAAUAAUAAAGCUGCAUUCCUCCGCAUUUAUCACAAGUUUUUUUUUGUAAAGUUAUAAAAUUUGCUCAUUAUUUAGUAAGUACAAUAGAAAGACAUUAUAAAGUGGUUUUUUAUGUUUUAGGAAAAUUUUAUAUCAUACACUGAAAUAUCUACUUAAAUAAUACUGGUGCAAUGUAUGUAAUAGCAAUAGAUAUCUGCUUAAAAACAAUUGAAAUUUAGAUGUUCUUUGGGAGGCCCUUUAAUUGUUUUCUAGGUAACUAAGUAGACAUAUAGAUAUAUUCAGUUAGUACCUAGUGAUUUUGUGAAGUAAAUUGAACACUGUGGUUGUAUACCCCAGUAUGCUGACUGUGUGCAGGGAUUGUUUUUGUUUUGUUGUUGUUUUUAACUUCCUUUUCAACUGAUACAUUACAUUACAUAUAGCUUUUGUAUUCAAACAAGUGCUUGACAGUUUUCGUGUUAAUUCCUGAAUGUGUACAUUAUCCUACUUUCCUGAAGGACACUUGUUUUGCUUAGGGGCAUAGCUCCAGGUGAAAUGUUUCAAGUUGAUAAUAGAACAGUACUUAAAGUACAUUGGUAUUUUUAUCUUGUAAUUUGCAGAAAGAUGUUUCAAAUUGAGGCACCUGUUAUGGAGAGCUUUUGCAAUUGAAUACAUUUAAAAAGCAAAAAAGAGCAACGUCAAUCAAUGCUUAUCAUGACGUACAGUAGCUUCGCAAAAGUGUGUGCCAUAUUAAAGUUUUAAAUUAUGUGGAAGAGGAGUGCUGAAUAUUUAAAGAUUAUUACAGGAACAUAAUUGUUACGCUUUGUUGAAUUGAAUCAUAACGUGUUAUGCUGUGUUUGAUUAAAUUAAUAUUUUACACAAGUUUCAUGAUAUGUACACAUAUUUAAUAUGUGUAGUUGUUCUCAGUGUAGGCUUUGUUUUGUGAAUCUUUGAUUAAACAACAUUGUUAUUUUUUCAUUUAUUGAACACCUUUCAAAUUUUUAUGCAACUCUAGCACAGGCGUUAUCUUUGUAUUUAUAGGUAAAGAUUCUUUUGUUAAUUUCAGUGCAAACAUAAAUAUACUGAGUCCUAAUUGUGAAUAAUUAAAACUUAAGUACCCAGUGAAGGGUAGAAUUCAAUAAGGAUGCAGAGAGAAACAAAUUUUUAGCAUAUUCACUGAAAGUAAAGAAGCACUUAAUUUAUAUUUUCUUUCUGAAAGGGGCAUACCUCCAGAUUUAUGCCCACUUUUGAAAAAUUUAAAAAGUACUUUCUUUUGUUAGUGAUGUGGAGGCAACAUGAUUUAUUGAGAACUAGGCUGCAUUUAUGUAUAUAAAUACUUGCAUGGCCUGUAAAAUAUGUAGAAAAACUUCCCGCUGUAUAAGACACACAGUAAAAUUUUUAUGACAUACUAAAGCUGUCGUGUUAACAUACUCUCGAAAUAUUAAUUUAAAUUGUACUGAGUUAUGGAAUUUUAUACGUUUUUUCACAUUUACAUUAAGCUAUGGGUAUUGGUAUAUUAUUAAUUUGUUAUGACAUUAUUUAGUCUGGAGAUGUGUACCUUUUAGCUAAAAAACCGUGCCUUUUUGAGAACUGUAUCUGGAGUUUAAAUCCAGAAUUGUAAUCCUAACUUUUUUUGCAUCUUUGGUGUCUUGCAACUAUAAUACAGUACCAUAUUUUGUCAGAAUUUUAAUUUUUUUUUUUUUUUGAAAAGAGAUAUACAUAGUUUUACUGAAAUUUAGAAAGAAAAUGCAAUUUUAACCCUUAUCAUGCUGGACACGAUUGAUUCUGCCUUUGCAACCAGUGCAGUCUGAUCAUGAUCUGCACUGUUGGCUAUUCAGUCAGUAUCUUUUUGGUAAGCACCUUUCUAACAGUUAAUGGUACUGUCCAAAUUGAAAGAUGGACACGUUCAUUGUAGAAAUUUAGCAGGGUAAGUGUUAAAGUAACAAACAGAAAAGUUCAUCAACAUGACCUUAAUGAUUUUGAUAUAUGAAGGAAUUGUACAAAAUAAAAUUGUUUGUUUUCUCUUCUUUGUUAAAGCUGAAGUCAUUAUGUUUGUGAAAAUGAUAUAAGAUGGCAAUAAGAAGUACUUCUAUAUUUGUUAUAUUUUCUGUCAUACUUUAACAUCUCCAAAUAAAGAUUUAUCAAGUUUUAA